GAAGUAACAUUAAAAAUGUCUAAUCGAGCAAAACACCGUGGCGGUCGUCGCCAUCAUCCCAAUGUUUCGCUCGCUUCCGUGGCUCGCGACCAGGCAUUGUCUCUAGCGCCGGACAGCCCGGUGCUGGCCAUGUUCAAGCAAGCGGCAAUCCAGUUAAACGAUCGCCAGGAUCGUCAUGAGAGACUCGUGAAACUGUCCAGGGACAUCACAAUUGAGAGCAAGAGAAUCAUCUUCUUACUGCAUUCUGCCAUUACAAAAGAAUCUAUAGAGAAAACCGUACAGGAAGCAAAAGAACGUUUAAAUAAACUUGUCAAGGGUCCACUUAAGCACAUUGGGCUAGAGCUGGAAAAGUGUCCAGCAUAUCUCCACUUACGAGCAGUCACUGCCGGUUUUCAAGAAUAUGUUGAAGCAUGGACUCUAUGCUCCUUGAUGGAAACAAAACAGAUAAUCUCAUACAGAGAAGUUCAGGAGGAACUGCAGUAUAUUAUAAUGACCCCAGUAGAAGGUCAAGAUGAUCCUAAACAUCGUACUGUGACAACUUUGCUUCCACAGAAUGAGUACAUGUUAGGAAUCUCAGACUUGACUGGUGAAUUAAUGCGACGGGCGAUAAAUAGUAUUUCCAGUGGGGACAGUGAAGAAUGUGUUUUUUCUGGCCAAGUUGUCAGGGAUUUGUACACUGGUUUCUUAGGUCUAUUUGGCAUAUGCAAAGAACUAGCUCGAAAGAUGGGCACAACGCGCUCAAACGUGCUUAAAGUGGAAUCCGCAGUGUACGCGCUGCGCGUGCGCGGCGGGGAGGCGCCCGCGACGUUACUGCUACCGCCGCCACAGCCGCACGACUGGGAGCAAACGAACCACUCCGAUGACGAGGGUUUUUAUGGAAUAAACUGAUUACUUCUUUAGCUC